AUGGCAGCCCGAAAAACGCAACAGGAAAUUGAGAAAACCUUCAAGAAGGUCUCCGAAGGGAUACAAACGUUCGAAGGCAUUUACGAGAAGAUCCGCCAGGCUACAAAUCCCACACAACGGGACAAGCUCGAAGACCACCUUAAGCGCGAGAUCAAGAAGCUCCAAAGGUUCCGUGAUCAGAUCAAAUCAUGGGCAGCCGGGAAUGAGGUCAAGGAUAAAGCUCCACUCAUGGAGCAGCGAAAGGCCAUUGAAGUGUGCAUGGAACAAUUCAAAGCCGUCGAGAAGGAGAUGAAGACGAAAGCAUAUUCAAAGGAAGGUCUAUCGGCAGCUUCGCGACUUGACCCAAAGGAGAAGGAGAGAGUCGAGUGUUGCGAGUUCCUCUCCACGAUGGUUGACGACCUUCAGCUGAAGAUCGAGGCCCUAGAGGCAGAGGAGGAAACCCUUCAUGCGCAAAUGAAGAAAGGCAAGAAGGAUACGAAGAAAGCGGAUCGAAUGGCCGAUAUCUCCCACGUUACGGAACGACAUAAAUGGCAUGUAAACAAGUUGGAGUUUCUCAAUCGUUCUUUACAGAACGGCAACUUGGACGUGGGUGCGGUACAAGAUCUCAAGGAAAGUAUCAAAUAUUACGUCGAAGAAGGAGGUAAUCUUGACUACUCCGGCGAGGAUGAAACACUCUACGAUGAUCUAAAUAUCGGCGAGGAGAUCGAGGCACAAUUCGGCAUGGGCGGCGAAGGUGAUCGUGUAUCAUCACAAGACGCUCAAUCAGUCCAAGAUGAAGAGCCAGAACCGAAACCAAAGGUCAAGCAAGAAGCGCCAGUAGCCCGAAGACCAUCAACACAGAUGAAAUCGCCGCUGCCUGUUCUUGCUACCCUCCUCCCGUCAGCUUCAUCAAGUGCCACUCCGGGCAUGAAGCCCGCUCCCCUCCCGACCCGUCCCCCUGGUGAAACCCUCAAGUAUGCCUCCGCCGCUGCCGCUGCCGCAGCAAGUGACAAAAGUGGUGUCGGCAUUCUUCCUCUUCCGCCUCCACCAGGGUUCAGCCCGGCUCUCUCCGUCGCAUUGCCUAUACCCAAGUCUUCUACCGCUUCGCCUAUUGUGACGUCAGCACAGCCUGUUACCAAGUCAAUAAUUCCACCUACUGUAUCAGCCGUUACAGAAGCGCUUGCUGGGACCGUGCGACCGAAGGUCCCUGUGAGUGCAGGUGUCUCAUCGCCCGCGCCCGCAAAGGUGGAGACAUCAACAAAUGGCAAACUAGAGACAGAAGGAACUGAAAGUGAUGAAUCGGUAUACCACCUGCCCCCGGGUCUCCAGGACCUGCUCCAAUCAUUUGAGGUAACGAAGUCGCGUGCGUCGGCCAAUCCAUCGCCAUCUGUUCAGCGCCUUCUCGCUACCUCAUUGACGACAUGUCCAGAGGCUGGCGAUGCUGAAAAGCCACGUCACUACAAGCCGCAGAACCCCUACAGCACUGCGCUCUAUUAUCCACAGGAACCCCUCUCAAUAUUUGAUGACCCUCGGUUGUACGAUACUGGGAGAAUCGACACGGACACUCUCUUCUACCUUUUCUACUACCGCCAAGGGACGUACCAACAGUACCUCGCAGCGAAGGCGCUCCGAAACCAGAGUUGGCGCUUCCAUAAGCAGUAUCAAACCUGGUUCCAGCGUCACGAGGAGCCAAAGAACAUUACCGAGGAGUUCGAACAAGGCACCUAUCGCUUCUUCGACUACGAAAGCACAUGGAUGAAUCGGCGCAAGGCUGAUUUCAAGUUUGUGUACAAAUACCUCGAGGACGAGUUAUGAGACGUCUUUUGUUUUUUUUUGUUUUUUUUCACCCAUGAGCAACCCACCCGGGUCUCCAAGCGCAGAUGAUUGAUUUUCACCCUGGAUUUGUUCACAAUAUCUGUGGCUCCACACUAUGAUUCGAUAGACUGGAUGUUUGAGGCUAUGGCGGGAACUUUGAAAUCCGUUGGGGGUC